UACAAGAAGGAAGCACCAAAUCGUCCAUAUAAAAAUCUAAAAAUCUAAAAAGCAAUAAAUAUUAAAUAGAUUAUAGAAAAUUCAACAAGAAGUACCCUUAUGCAGGCUACCUCCCCAACCGCCCUACUAUAAGCCGAAAAUUCAUGCCUGAGAAAGGAACUCCUGAGUACAAAGAGCUCGAAUCCAGCCUCGAUACAGUUUUCUUGAAAACAAUUACUGCUCAGCUGCAGACAGUGCUUGGCAUUGCCCUUAUUGAAAUUCUGUCAAGGCAUUCUACUGAUGAAGUGUAUUUGGGGCAGAGAGACACUCCUGAAUGGACAGCCGACACAGAACCAUUGAAAGCCUUCGAUAAAUUUGGAAAGAAACUGGCUGAAAUUGAGGACAGAAUUACAAGUAUGAACAAUGAUGAGAAACUGAAGAACCGAGUUGGACAGGUGAAGGUGCCCUACACUUUGCUAUUUCCUACUAGCGAAGGAGGACUUACUGGCAGGGGAAUUACCAACAGUGUCUCAAUCUAAGU